AGAAAUGGUCUGUUUACACAAGAAUAACAAUAUAGUGGUAUAAACCGACAGUUUGCUGGUUUCGUCAAGUUUCAGCAACUGUCGUAUUGUGAGUGCCGGUGGCACUCGGUGGGCACUCAGAGAAAAGGUUAUAAAAGGAAAAACAAAUAAACAAAAUCCCUCUUCUUCGCUUAAAAAUCCCGCCAAUCGUACGGUAACUAUUAGAAAGAAAAUUCAGCAUCCGAAUUCCGCAAGUUUGUUCAUGGUGCCGUGACCAGGAUACGCCGAAUUGCUGGUUAUUAAUUUGCGGAUUCUCGCGACCUGUUUUUUCCUACGCAUAACGCAAAUUUUAUCGCGACACAACACUCCCGUUUUUUCGUUACCGCUGACGAAGCUAUUUCCAUCGUGUCUGAUCAUGCCAGCGUCAGCCGUCAUUCUAUCGUCCCGAAGGGCAAUUUUGCUGGUCUCAUUAGAUCGCCACGAGAAGUUCCUCCUUGAUUUUCUCCCGGAACGAGACGCUAUCGAGGUCGAAACGCGCAUAACAAAGUUCGACCAGCUAUCCAUUGACUUGGAGAAAAUCCAAGGUCAGCUAGAGGAUUUGGCAAUCACCGAAGAAGAAAUUGCGCACAAUGCCGCUUUACGCGAUGAUUUUGAGCCGCGCUUGAUACGCGCACAUUCCCAGCUAAAGGCUAAAAGGGUGCAUGUUCCGCGAAGCAUUAGUUCCACACCAAACGCUGGCCCGAGCCCCCUAGUAGGCAUUAAACUUCCCACCAUCGCGCUUCCCGAAUACGAUGGUGAUUACAUGCAGUGGCUAACGUAUAGGGACACUUUUGAGGGCUUAAUACAUGAUAACCCCGAGCUACCGCCGAUCCAAAAGUUCCACUAUUUGCGCGCAUCCUUAAAGGGAGAAGCCGCUAAGGUUAUUGAAUCCAUCACCAUCAGUGCCGCAAACUAUGAAAUAGCAUGGAAAAUACUGACGGAGCGUUACUCUAACGAGUACCUGUUAAAAAAGCGUCAUUUGCAAGCCUUAUUCGGAAUGGCCACCAUGAAACGGGAAAGUGCUUCAACCCUUCACCAUCUUGUCGAUGAGUUCGAGCGGCACAAGAAAACGCUAAACCACUUGGGUGAAAACACAGAUGCUUGGAGUAGCGUAUUAGAACAUUUGCUAUGCACAAAAUUGCCUACAACAACGUUGCGCGAUUGGGAGGAAUUUGCAUCAACAAAUGAAAAUCCAAGCUACGAAGGCUUGGUGCAAUUUUUGCAACGCCGAAUGCGAGUGCUCGAAACUCUGAUGGUAAACAAUACCGACGCACCCUCUAGCGGAAAUCACACGCACUUCACACACAAACAAUCGAAUCUCACUCGGCUGGCAUGUCCGCGAUUCAUGACUAUGGGUCCGGAAGAACGAUAUCGACAGGUCAUGUCCAAUAAGUUAUGCUUAAAUUGUUUGCGGGACAACCACCGAGCGCGCGAUUGCUCCUCGCAAUACAAAUGCAGACACUGUCACUCAGCACACCAUACACUGUUACACAACGCACACAACGCACACAACGCACAAGGAGCACUUCCCACUGCAAACACCAUGCCAGCUGCGCGAAAUGCUCCGGUAAGCCAUCCACAGAACAAAGACGAUCACGCCACAAACACUCAAAGACACCACGUAGCAGCACACGCAAGCCAGCAAACAUAUGAUCAUGUUUUUCUGCAAACUGCCGUGGUACACGUUGCUGAUUCACAUGGUACUCUGCAUCCAGUGCGAGCACUAUUGGAUAGUGCCUCGCAGCCUGAUUUGAUGAGCACCAGGCUUGCUCAGAGGUUAGCGUUGAAACUUGAUACGGUCAACGUAACGCUCAUCGGUGCGGGUCACUCUUCCACCCCGGUGCGGAAAUCGGUGCGUGCGAAGAUUUCCUCCCGAACGGGCCAAUAUCAGCUGAAUGCUGAUUUCUUGAUUGUGGACAAUUUGAUUGGGGAUUUGCCAGCACAUGAUGUGCGCACCGCCGAGUGGCAAAUUCCGCCAAAUUUUAUGCUUGCCGACCCCCAGUUUAAUAAGUCGGCACCGCUCGAUCUUAUCCUCGGUGCCCGGCAUUAUCAUGCAUUUUUCCAGAGCGGGGCGCAAUAUAAAAUUUCGCAUAACCUUCCUGUCCUCAUUGAAAGUGUGUUCGGCUGGAUCGUGACCGGCUCAGCAUCAGCAUGUAAUAACAACACCGAAACUUCCAACGCAUCUUCCGUCGUCUGCAUGAGCACGCUUGAGGAAUCACUCGAGCGAUUCUGGAAAGUGGAAGAAUUACAAAUAAGAGAUGGUUACUCCCCCGAAGAAAGGUAUUGCGAAAAAUUAUACCAAGAUACAACACAACGAGACGAUACUGGUCGUUAUAUUGUUCGUUUACCAAAGCAGCCUGACUUUGAAGAAAAGCUGGGUCUUUCGAAAUUAUCAGCUCUACGACGUUUUACAAUGCUCGAAAGGCGCCUAGAACGCGAUUCUCACAUUAAAGCGGCAUACCAUGAAUUCAUGCAUGAAUAUUUAGAGCUAGGGCACAUGUCGCUGAUACAAGCUCCAGCUGACGACGAAUCAGCAUAUUAUCUGCCGCACCAUCCCGUAUUCAAGGCUUCGAGCACAACAACAAAAACCGGGGUGGUGUUUGAUGGAUCAGCGAAAACAUCAUCGGGAUACUCGCUCAACGAAGCGCUAUGUGUCGGCCCUGCAGUUCAGGAUGAUUUGUUGGACAUCAUUCUACGAUUCCGCACGUAUAAGGUGGCGGUUGUUGGAGACAUUGCUAAAAUGUACCGCCAAAUACUACUGCAUCCAGACGAUAGGAAGUAUGCCCGCAUUUGUUUCCGGUUUGAUGCGCAUUCACCGAUCCAGUAUUACGAGCUGAACACCGUAACCUAUGGGUUGUCCCCAUCAUCCUUCCUUGCAACUCGAACCCUGCAGCAGCUUGCAAACGAUGAGGGAACCACAUAUCCUGUUGCCGCAUCCGCUCUGAAGAGCAAUUUCUACGUGGACGACUUCAUAGGCGGUGCGGAUUCGAUCGAAAGCGCUCGGCGUCUACGAGUAGAGUUAAAUGAAUUACUUUCAAGGGGUGGUUUUGAAUUACGGAAGUGGACUUCAAACCGAUUAGAGGUGCUUACCGGUCUAACUGCGGAUCAGAUCGGCACACAGUCAGCGCUACAGUUUAUACCCGACGAAACGGUAAAGACUCUUGGAGUUUCGUGGGAGCCAGAACAUGAUGUUCUGUCAUUCGAGUCCGCAAUCGACACCGACACAGCAAGUCCUACUAAAAGAAGCAUCCUCUCUAACAUAGCCCGCAUGUUCGAUCCGCUUGGCCUGAUUUCUCCCAUUGUCGUACGAGCCAAAAUCAUGAUGCAGGAGUUGUGGUUGCAGAAAGCUGGUUGGGACGAUCUUGUUCCUGAUUCUAUCUGCAAGAAAUGGGAAAAUAUUCAGCAAGAUUGGCCACUCAUAUCCGGUUUUAAGAUCGAUCGCUAUGCGCUGUUACCUGGUAGUAAAUUGCAGUUACACACCUUCUGUGACGCAUCUGAAGCAGCUUACGGGGCCUGCAUUUAUGUUCGUUGCGAAAGUGAGCAAGGGGAAGUUCGCACCACUUUACUUUCAUCCAAGUCGCGAGUGGCACCACUUAAGCGUGUCACACUACCUCGACUGGAACUGUGUGCUGCAGUAUUAGGCGCUCAUCUUUACGAUCGAGUCAAGAAGGCGAUGGGACUACACGCAGCAGAAGUAUUCUUUUGGUCCGAUUCUACCGUCACGUUAAAGUGGAUCAGCGCCUCACCUAACACGUGGGCAACGUUCGUAGGCAACCGAGUAUCGGAGGUGCAGCAUUAUACUCAUCCUCGUCAGUGGAGGCAUGUUCCCGGCUCAACUAACCCUGCCGAUCUGGUCUCACGCGGCAUGUCAGCAGCAGAUUUCCUGCAGAGCAAGCUGUGGAGUUGCGGUCCGGAAUGGCUAGCACUACCCGCAUCCAACUGGCCCAACUGUAAUCCUGAACCAGCUGAAGAUACGAAUCUCGAAAUUCGUCAGCUACACGCGAUUGUUGCGCAUCGUUGCAUACUGCAUUCGCUUCACACGUAA